GGAGGUAUUCACCUAUUGGCUAUCAUAGACAAGUACGCCAUUGGUUGGCCAGCUUUAAUCAUUUGUUUGUUAGAAUGUGGCGGAAUAAUGUGGUUGUAUGGUGCUUCUAACUUCUUUGACGAUAUCUGCAUCCUUAACGAAAGACAUCCUCGAAUUUGGAGAUAUAUAUGGAAGAUAGUAACUCCCUUUGUCAUGUUGAUAGUCCUUCUCUACACACUAUUUGGCCAUGAACAAACCCUAGGUCACGACAACCAUCACCGUCGUCUCAGCCUUAUAAUUGGAUGGAUCUUGUUUAUCAUAGUUAUAGCUGCUAUUCCCAUAUGCGCUAUUUACCUACUUGUCACUAAAAUCUUAUCAAAACAGACAGACAAAAAGAGUUUGAAGUGCUUGCUGCGGUCACCGUUAGUUCGAGUGUAUCUAGAACACUGCCAAUCUUCCGAAGAAAAAAAGUGCGCCCAGGAAACUGGUCUUCAAGCACAGAUCAUUGUAGUUAGGGUUAAAAAUAGACCCGGUGCUUCAGCAAUUCCUAUUCCUUACGGAUAUAUGGUGGCUCCCCCUGCCAAGGUACAGAAAUGCCAACAAAUUCGAAAAAUAAGAAGCUACUUAGCUGACAAUGAAAUGAGCUCGAGCCAGUCCUCUCGCUGUCUAUUUGAUCCAACCAGGAGCAAUCAACAACUACAACGAAUAACAACGCCUGAAAAUGUUAUUAGCCCCAAAACGGCAGAGAGUUCAGUUAAAGCAAGUAACAACUGUACAAGUUUUAAGCCCAUUAAGCCUACCACAGACAAGGAACAGUGU